AUGCACACACUGCCGGUCUUCUUAAAUGACCUACGCCUCCGGUUCGUCCCCAGGAGCAAUUGGCCGCCGCCACCCCUCGUCCUCGCCACCACCAUAGGCGCCCUUCCCCUGCCGCCUCGACUCCGUCGACCAUCGCCAACUUCACCGCCUGUCGACGUCGAAGCCAAGAUGGUGGUCGCCGUGGUGAAUGGGAUUACGGUGGAAGCCGCCGCCGCCGCCGCCGCCACCACUGACCCCGAUGCCGACGCCGAUUCUCCCAAAUCCGUUCUGGAGGACGAGAAAAUGCCCGAUGCCAAGGAUGAGAAAAAAGCUGUUGAUUUGAAGAUAGAGGAGGGUGAAGAGCAGCUACUGAACUCCAUCAGAGAAGACACGGCUGAUGGGUUUCUGGAUACAAGUUCAUCCCUGCCUAUUGACCUCGAGGCAAAGAACGGUGAUGCGUGCUUCAUCACAGAGGCGAUGACAAAGGAGGAAGAGCAGUUGCAUCAGGCCCGGCUUAAGGUGGAGGAAGAAGAGGAGGCCAAAAGGAGAGAAGCUGCAAGACAGCAGGCUCUCGAUCCAAAGGCACGCUUCAGCAAGCUGGACGAGCUGCUGACAAAGACGCAGCUUUAUUCGGAAUUUCUACUUGAAAAGAUGGAGCAUAUCACAGAUAAAGUUGUUGAAAUCAAAGAUGAAGAGGAACCUAUGGAAGAGCAGAAGAAAGGGCGUGGUAGAAAAAGGAAAACAAAGGCUAAGCCACAGUACAAUGAUAAGAAAGCAAAGACAGCAGUCGCAGCCAUGCUUACAAGAUCGCGUGAAGAUCAUUCUGCUGAUGAUGGCACUCUUACAGAAGAAGAAAAGUGGGAAAAAGAGCAAGCCAACCUUGUUCCAUUAUUGACUGGUGGAAAGUUGAAACCUUACCAGAUAAAGGGUGUAAAGUGGCUAAUAUCUCUGUGGCAAAAUGGUUUAAAUGGGAUACUAGCUGAUCAAAUGGGCCUUGGGAAAACAAUCCAGACAAUUGGAUUUCUUGCCCAUCUCAAAGGGAACGGUCUGGAGGGUCCAUACAUGGUUAUUGCUCCCCUUUCCACUCUGUCAAACUGGUUAAAUGAGUUAUCAAGGUUUGUUCCAUCUCUGAAUGGUCUGAUUUAUCAUGGAGAUAAAGUUGCUCGAGCAGAGCUACGGAGAAAAUUCAUGCCCAAAAAAAUAGGUCCUGAUUUUCCAAUAAUAAUCACUUCAUUUGAGAUGGCCAUGUAUGAUGCAAAAUAUCUUGCUAAUUAUGAGUGGAAGUACGUUGUUGUUGAUGAGGGGCAUCGGUUGAAAAAUACGAAUUGUAAACUAUUAAGGGAGUUAAAGCGCAUUCCGAUGGAGAAUAAGCUCCUUUUGACUGGGACACCUCUUCAGAAUAACCUAGCAGAGCUGUGGUCGCUACUGAAUUUCAUUUUGCCUGAUAUAUUCUCAUCCCAUCAGGAAUUUGAGUCAUGGUUUGAUUUUUCUGGGAAGGGAGAUGACAAACAGCAGGAAGAAACUGAUGAGAACAAAAGAGUCCAUGUUGUCUCAAAGCUUCAUGCCAUUUUGCGUCCAUUCCUUUUAAGGCGAAUGAAAGAAGAUGUGGAACACAUGCUUCCGCGAAAGAAAGAAAUAAUUAUUUAUGCUAACAUGACUGAACAUCAGAAACAAAUCCAGAAUCACUUGAUUGGGAAGACAUUCGACAACUACUUGCAUGAGAAUACAGAUAUUGUUUUGCGGAGACCCGGCAUCAAGACGAAGCUAAAUAACCUACUCGUUCAGCUGAGAAAAAAUUGUGCUCACCCUGAUCUUUUGGAUGCUGCAUAUGACUCAAACAGUUUCUAUCCACCUGUUGAUAAGCUUCUAGAACAAUGCGGCAAAUUUCAGCUGUUGGAUAGGUUACUGGAUGCUCUCCUCAAACGAAAGCACAAGGUCCUAAUAUUUUCACAAUGGACAAAAGUUUUGGAUCUCCUUGACUAUUAUUUGGAUGUGAAAGGCCUGAAGGUUUGCCGAAUUGAUGGCAGUGUUAAGUUGGAAGAGAGGAGGAAGCAGAUAGCGGAGUUUAAUGACUUGAACAGCAAUAUGAAUGUCUUCAUUCUAAGCACCCGUGCUGGUGGUCUUGGUAUCAACCUUACUUCUGCUGAUACUUGUAUCCUGUAUGACAGUGACUGGAACCCUCAGAUGGAUCUGCAGGCUAUGGACCGGUGCCACCGCAUUGGUCAAACACACCCGGUUCAUGUUUAUCGGUUGGCAACAUCGAAUUCUGUCGAGGGACGGAUUAUCAAGAGAGCUUUUGGAAAGCUGAAGCUAGAGCAUGUCGUGAUUGGGAAGGGACAGUUCCAACAAGAUGCUGCCAAGCCUAACACCUUAGAUGAGGGGGAGCUGCUGGCGCUACUGAGGGACGAGCAGGGUGAGGAAGACAGGAUGAUCCAGACGGAUAUCACCGACGACGACCUCUUGAAGGUGAUGGACCGGAGCGACCUCACCGGCCCUCCUGCCGCUGUCGAUGCUGCCCCUCUUGUCCCCCUGAAAGGUCCUGGGUGGGAGGUCGUGCUUGCCUCGAAGAGCGGCGGCGGCAUGCUCUCGGCCCUCUCCAGCUGAGCCCUGCCUGAA